AUGCGAGACAUCGCUCGCAGAAUCCUAUGCGAGCUGAAUGAGGCAGCAACGGCAGGAAAUGUGCACAAGGCGCGGGAGCUCUUCGGGCAGCUGGAUGCCAAGCAGCUCCGGACCUUCGUGUGGAACACCCUGCUGAAGGCCCACGCCAACGCUGGCGACCCGGAGGGCGCGCGGGAGGUCUUCCAGCGGAUGACAGACCGCGGUGUCCGGGUGAACUCCAAGACCUUCGGCAAGCUGGUGGAGUCAGCUGCGAAGGCAGCCCGCCCAGAGGAGGCUGAGCGCUGGCUCCGCGUCUAUGCGGACGCCGGCGAGACAGUGGACGCAGUGCCCUUCAGUGCCGCCAUCGAUGCUUGUGCCAAGGCGAGCGAGAAGUCCAAGGCUGUGUAUUGGUUGCAGCAUAUGCAAAAGCUGCAGCUGAGGCCCUCCGCGGCGGCGGUGAACGCGGCGCUGGCGGCCUUCGCCCGUGCUGGGGACCUGCGGGGGGUGGAGCGCCUGAGGCCGCUGGUGGAGGACGCAGAAAAGGAGUCCAUGUACCUGGCUCUGCUCACUGCUUGCGCGGAGAGCGGGCGCUUUGAGGAGGCAGAGAAGUGGCUGCGGCAGAUGCAGCUGGAGGGCCUGGCGCCUGGGGUCGUCGGCUUCUCCGCGGCGAUCGGGGCCUGCGGGGCGCGGAACGAGCUACAAAGGGCGGAGCGCUGGGUGGAGGAGAUGCGAGCGCAGGGCCUGCAACCAGACGCCAGAUGCUACACGGUGCUGCUCAGCGGCUGCGCGCGUCACCGGGACCUCGAAAAAGCCGAACGAUGGAUGCAGGAGAUGUCCUCGACAUGCUGCGCGCCGGAUCUGCAGUGCUACGCGGCCAUGGUGGAUGCCUGCGCUCGACACCGCUCCAGCGAGCGCGGGGAGCAGUGGCUGAUGGCUAUGACAGAGGACCUCGGGCAGAGCUCGACUGGAAGGGUCAGCCUGGGGAACCUGAAGCACGUUAUCUGA